UUAGUUUCCGAAUCCGUUAAUCAGCAGAAUACAAUUUCACAUUGGGUUGACGUUUCAGGCUGUUACAAAGGAUUGUCUCUGCCUUGCACUAUGAAUUCGAGCGGAAGUUGUUAUCAAGCAAGAUGUCGGAACAAGCAAGAUGUCGCUGGCUUCUAAGGGUAGAUUAUCAUUUUUACUUCAAACAUCAGCGAGAUUGAUUUUCCUUUCGAUAGAAAGUAGUUAUGGUUUAUUCUGAAGGAGGAAAGCGAUAGAAAGUACAUUGAAAAAACAAUCAUGGUGGCCUCACAUGCUCAAGAUUGCGACCAAGAAAGUCAAAAGGUUGUGGAAAAAGAACCUAAAUGCCGUCCCGACAGUUGUUGGUCAUGGUUAGUGUGUGUGGCCUCGACAGUCAUAGUUAUAAUUGUAUCGGGUAUCAUGUACAGCUUUGGCUUGCUCCUGCCUCCUCUGAUGGAGAACUUUGGAGCGUCCAGGCAAUCUAUAGCUUGGAUUGGAUCGUUAAACCUGGGCUUUGGCUAUUUCUUGAGUCCUCUGGGUUCUUUUAUCAGCCAUCGUUUUAGCCACAGGGUCACUGCCAUCGUGGGUGCCCUCACAGGGAUCAUUGGAUUUUCUCUUGCGUCUUUGUCUCCUAAACUGUGGAUGAUGUACCCUACGUAUGGACUCUUGUCAGGCUUUGGCUAUCGGAUAAUUUACAACGCCUCCAUGGUAGUCAUCGUGGACUACUUCGUCAAACGGCUUUCUUUAGCCGUUGGUAUAAUGACAUCAGCGUCAGCCAUAGGCAUGCUUGUUAUGACUCAAGUCACCCAAGGCUUGCUGGAUACAAUUGGAUGGCGGGGCACGCUAAGAGGAUUUGCAGGUUUCUAUCUGCUAUGCGGUUUGUGUUCGCUGGUGUUUGUACCUGUCGACCGCUCAAAUAAUAGCAAGGGUCGCAUGGCUGCAGAUAAGAAAGCAGAGGAAAAAGGAGAUUUAUCUCUUUUUAGAAAUCGUUCUUUUCUUGUCCUGUUAUCUUCGUUCAUGGUUGUUAAUUUGAGCUUCUUUGUUCCAACCGUACACAUUAUUAAGCACUGCGAACAGGAACUAAACAUUUCUGGAGACAAAGCGUCUAUGCUCUUCAUAUAUUUGGCGAUAGCAUCCUUCUUCAGUCGUCACUUCUUUUGUAAAAUUGGAGAGUUUCGUCGACACUUCAACAGAUUCCAUUUAUACCAGGGAGGUAUGACAAUCAGCGGAUUGUGUGUCAUAUGUCUUCCAUCAGCAGCGUCAUAUGGAUCAGUGAUAGCGAUUUUCAUAGUGAUCGGCUUCAUGGAAGGAUCCUCAAUGGGGCAGAUCUCUCUCCUACUUUUAAAAUGCGUCAAACAAAGCCAAUUCAAUCAAGCUUGGGGCUACCUGAAUUUCUUUAUAGGCGUUACGGUAUCCAUUGGACCUCCAUUAGCCGGUCUGAUGGCUGACGACCUUGGCUCAUACACAAUCCCAUUUUCCACUGCGGGUGCGGUGCUGAUAGCGGGUGCAUCGAUCGUAUCACUGAUUCCGUGCGUAAAACAACAGACUGACUCCGACGAAGAAGAAGAGGUGCAACCCUGCGGAGAAGAACUUUUAGUAACUGAAAGAGUAACUGCAUUUUAGGUUAUAUUGUGGAGAAAACGGACAAAAGAAAGAGUAAAGCUUAUUUUUUUAAUUGUUGACGAUGAUGAUGAGGGUGGUGAAACAAGCUUUUCUUGUGACAAAUGAUUACACUGCCUCCCUUUGUUGGGAGGAUAGGGAGAAUAUACAUGGAAUACUGAUUAAAGUAAUGUCAAAUUGCGGUGAUUUCGUAUCAUCUUAGGAAAAAUAAUAGAAACUUUUUGUCUAAGGGUUAACUGAUUAAACGACCGGUCAAAGUGUACAACUACGCAUGUUUCUUUUUUUUGUAAUUUCUUUAUAUUUUAGCAUUUUACAAAACAUUACUCUACUUACAUUACACUACAGGACUCAGUUACAGUACGUUACUUACAAUAGUUUACUGAGAACACACCACUAACAAAGUAUAGUUCACAAUAAACUUGAUUACAGCCGAUGACUUACUCUCGAUUACUUCCACCAAGACCACAACUUACGGCCUUAAAUCGACUUCUUACAUUGCUGCUAAUAAGGCUUGGAAUGCAUUACCUGAUAAGCUUAGAUUAAUGGCCGAAUUUGGCUCUUUCAGGAAUGAGAUAAGAAAACUAAGUAAUUUGUAAUUUUAUAUCAUCAUUUAUAUUUAGGCUUAUAUUAUUUCAAACUCUAUAAUUUAUAUUCAUAUAUUUUUCCGCGGUAUAUGAGCAUCUCUAUUACUAGAGGCCUAACAAGCCACAUUUUCAUCCGAGUUUAAAUAAAGUCAUCAUCAUCACCUACACGAUACUCUAUAUUUACAUUACUUUACGACAUAUUACACUCCUUUCAAUAUGUUCCGUAAAUUACUUAUAGUACCUUAAUAUAUGUAUAUGUGCACGAUCCUUCGCAGUAAAGCACUAUUUAAGCAAUAGUGAAAA